AUGGCUAUCGAUGCUGACUUUGUCCGCCGUCUAGGCCCGCAUCAUAAUGAUUCCCAUCCCAGCCUCCGACACACUCUCCAGUUCGCUGCGAGCAACGUCUCACUGCCGAAGAACAAGAGCACGGGAAACCUGCUGGCACAUGCCGCAGCGGCGGGGCUAGCCGUGGACACUUCGGCUAAGCGAAUGAGUAUCGAUGCAGGACAGCUGGACAGGAUGGCAAGAUCACCCAUUGUCGAACAUGAGCAUGGCCUAGGAGCCUCUGGCCUCCGCCGCAUCCGCCAACAGCCUGCUGCCAGAGCGCAAGCAGCAUCUUCUAUACCCCCUAGCAAGACCCCACGAGCUACAUCCUUAAACUUCACCCCCCCACUAUCGAGACACCCUUCCGCCUCCGAGUCUGCCCCGGCCUCCCCAACCCUCGCCUUUGCCGAAGACCUCCACCGAUUCCCCACAGAAUCGCUACAUUCCUUCUCCUUCGCAACGCAGUCUGAAGACUCCAUCCACAACAGACAAAAUGUGCUGAAGCGGUCCAUAGACUUCAUGCGGGACAGGCUGGGCUGGGCGGCUUCCAAUUCGGGAAUUGCAAACGCCCAGGCAAGAUUAAGCGGUGACCAGGAAGUGCAGAGUAUGCUUGAGCUCUUGACUAGAGCCAACUUGAUAGGACAAGAUGCGACGGGGGCUCACGGUCUAGGCGCAAGAGGCCCUUUAACUGGCCCUGCCGAGGUGUCCGGGGAGAACCCCUUCGAGAGGAGUUUUAUACCGAGAUCUGAGAGCCCGGAGAGCAUAGCGGACUCUACAAAACCGGAGGUACACAGAUGGCCGUCGUCAGAUGGUGGAAGUGCGAACGGAACGAACGAAAACAUGGGUGCCAGGAGUACUCCCACCUCAGACCUGCCGUCGUCAGAAGACUCAAGUCAACUAGCUGAGUCGUCUCCGCCUCCGUCUGGCGCCCAACGCGCUGCCCUGAAGCGAACAUGGACCGAUGUCGCGCCUCUUACGUUACAGAGUCAAUUGAAUGAUGCAUUAGCACAGCCUUAUUUACUUGGAGAAAACACCCAAAACAACCAGAUAGUCUCUCCAGUUAUGCUACCCACUGUAUCGCAGCAAAUCUCCAACGUAUCUGGGCCUCACUCUGCAGGCCCCGCUCCUCAUGGUCACGGAAGUCGAUGGGCGCCAGCUGCGCAAGCUAUCUUCACCACAGAAGCACAAGCGCCGUGGACCAUCACUGCUGCAAACGACCUUGCUUGUUUAGUGUUCGGGGUUACUAGAGCUGAGGUCCGCAAGCUGGGUAUAUUGGAAGUCGUCCGCGAGGAGCGACGCAAAUGGCUCGAGGAGAAGCUGAAGAACCCCGAAGUCGGUUCGAAGGCUUUACGGGAGCCUUAUAGCCAGAGUCAGCGAACUAGCCCCAACCCGACGUCCACUUUGAAAGUUGGUAACGGCGUUACAGCAAAGCUGCUUAGCAAACCUCCGUCAAGGGUUGCUCAAAGCAGGCGAUCAAAAACUGAUGAUGGAAGUGGUUCAGCCUAUGCAGACAAGAAAAGCGUCAAGGGGGGUCUGAAUCAUGAAUCGAAAGGAUCUAGAGGCGUUCUGCUCUGCGGGGACGUUGUUCCAAUUCAGAAGCGGAACGGUGCCACCGGAUCCGCCAGUCUGUGGGUCAAGGAGAAACGUGGAGGCCUCAUCUGGGUGCUUGAAGAGAUUGCUGAAGAUGUCGUCUAUGUGAACGUUGAUGAAGUAGGAUGUGUCUCCAAAGGCCAUGGUGCAAUAGAAGCUGUAUUUGGAAGUGAUAGACUACGGCGAGGCAUGGACCUCAAACGACUCAUACCCGAGAUUCCACGGCUUGAAGGAACGAAUACGGGUGCUCUGGAUUAUGAGAAAAUCGCCGACCUCCGUAACUUCACCGCAAGAACGUCCAACAGCAUCAACAUCCCCGUUGCGGUCGAGGCUCUUCCCGGCGAACCUACGUUUCGCGUGUCAAGCUUUCCACAUAUUGCAGGAAUCAUUGUGUUGUCGGCAUCCAGCCUCUCGAUUGCUUCCUCAAACUCGGUUUUCUCUUCUGCAUUGUUUGGACAGGCCCAGCCAGACGGACUUCAUAUCAGCAAGCUCAUUCCAGGUUUCGACAAGAUACUGCAUGUUAUGACAGACGAGGACAAGAUUGAGCUUGUCGAUGGUAUUGUGAUUCCAGAGCAUAGCUUCCGGCGGGCUCGAGCUCUUCUUGCCAUGCGGGAGGGCAGAGCCGAUGCAGCCGCCAUCUUCCUGCGACCAAGCGGACUUCCAGCUCUCCAUCGUGAUGGAUCGGAGAUUAUGAUUGAUGUGCAAAUGAGGGUUGUCAAAAGCGAGAAGUCAAAGGUCCACCCUGAUGACCAUGCCAUUAAGGAAGAGGACGCUCCCCAGGCUUCAUCUGGCCCUGAGCUAGUUUAUGCUCUAUGGAUCACCUACUCGAGACACAUGCACGCUACGAAUCAUGGUGUUGGUCCUGUCACGCCUCUCGUAUCACGUCCUGGGACUCCGCCACACCAACCCUCACCUGGUCAAUCCGCACCGGCGGCCUCUCCAGAAGAGUCUGCCGUAGAAGAACCAAGGCCUGAUCCCUCCCAUGUAUCGUUGCUGACAGAACAGCUUCAGGGCGCAACGAAGUUACAAUCACCUACAGAACCGCGGACAACUCAAAUAACGCCAGAACCGGAAAAGGAAGAAGCCCCUAAGAAAAAGACGAUUAAUGAUUUCGUAGUUCUUGAAGAUAUGGGCCAAGGCGCGUACGGCCAGGUCAAGCUCUGUCGAUACAAGAAGAACACCCACAAAAAGGUUGUAAUCAAAUACGUGACCAAGCGGCGUAUUCUCGUCGACACGUGGACUCGUGAUCGACGGCUAGGGACAGUACCGCUGGAGAUUCACGUCCUAGACUAUCUUCGAAGAGAUGACUUCAAGCAUCCCAACAUCGUCGAGAUGUCGGAUUUCUUUGAAGACGAUGUCAACUACUAUAUUGAGAUGAUUCCACACGGCCUUCCUGGCAUGGAUCUUUUCGAUUAUAUCGAGCUUCGGGUCAACAUGGAUGAAUCAGAGUGCCGCAAAAUCUUUGUCCAGGUGGCAGAGGCUGUUCAUCAUCUUCACACCAAGGCGAAGGUGGUGCACCGUGACAUCAAGGACGAAAACGUCAUCCUGGACGGCGAGGGAAACAUCAAAUUAAUAGACUUCGGUAGCGCAGCUUACAUCAAGAAUGGGCCUUUCGAUGUGUUUGUAGGCACAAUCGAUUACGCUGCGCCAGAAGUGCUCCGUGGAAAGUCGUAUCGCGGAAAGGAACAGGAUGUCUGGGCCCUCGGCAUCCUCCUCUACACCAUCGUGUACAAGGAAAACCCGUUCUACAGUAUCGACGAGAUCAUGGAUCAUGACCUAAGAGUACCGUAUAUUAUGAGUGAGGAGAGCAUCGAUCUUAUCAGGUUGAUGUUGGACCGGAAUGUUGAGAAGAGGAUUACUAUUAGCCAGGUGCUAGAUCAUCCAUGGUGCAAGAUGAUUGAGGCGCCUUCAUGA